CAGGCGGUUUCGCCGCUCCACACCGCAGCUUCCUGAGCUCGGGAAGGGGAAGUGCGGCGGAGGCGUGGGGUCUUCCCGGCUCUGGCCGGCCCCACCAGUGUGGGAGGCUGAGCGCCAGAGGCAGGGAAGGCUCCGGGUUCGCGUCCCUGCGCUGCCCCCGAUGCCCAGCCUCUCCUGGAGCGGUGACAGUACGGAUUUGUGAAUCACGCCCUGGAGCUGCUGGUGAUCCGCAAUUACGGCCCCGAGGUGUGGGAAGACAUCAAAAAAGAGGCACAGUUAGAUGAAGAAGGACAGUUUCUUGUCAGAAUAAUAUAUGAUGACUCCAAAACGUAUGAUUUGGUUGCUGCUGCAAGCAAAGUCCUCAAUCUCAAUGCUGGAGAAAUCCUCCAAAUGUUUGGGAAGAUGUUUUUCGUCUUUUGCCAAGAAUCUGGUUAUGAUACAAUCUUGCGUGUCCUGGGCUCUAAUGUCAGAGAAUUUCUACAGAACCUUGAUGCUCUGCAUGACCACCUUGCUACCAUCUACCCAGGAAUGCGUGCACCUUCCUUCAGGUGCACUGACGCAGAAAAGGGCAAAGGACUCAUUUUGCACUACUACUCAGAGAGAGAAGGACUUCAGGAUAUUGUCAUUGGAAUCAUCAAAACAGUGGCUCAACAAAUCCAUGGCACUGAAAUAGACAUGAAGGUUAUUCAGCAAAGAAAUGAAGAAUGUGAUCAUACUCAAUUUUUAAUUGAAGAAAAAGAGUCAAAAGAAGAGGAUUUUUAUGAAGAUCUUGACAGAUUUGAAGAAAAUGGCACCCAGGAAUCACGCAUCAGCCCAUAUACAUUCUGCAAAGCUUUUCCUUUUCAUAUAAUAUUUGACCGGGACCUAGUGGUCACUCAGUGUGGCAAUGCUAUAUACAGAGUUCUCCCCCAGCUCCAGCCUGGGAAUUGCAGCCUUCUGUCUGUCUUCUCACUGGUUCGUCCUCAUAUUGAUAUUAGUUUCCACGGGAUCCUUUCGCACAUCAAUACGGUUUUUGUAUUGAGAAGCAAGGAAGGAUUGUUGGAUGUGGAGAAAUUAGAAUGUGAGGAUGAACUGACUGGGACUGAGAUCAGCUGCUUACGUCUGAAGGGUCAAAUGAUCUACUUACCUGAAGCAGAUAGCAUACUUUUUCUGUGUUCACCAAGUGUCAUGAACCUGGACGAUUUGACAAGGAGAGGGCUGUAUCUAAGUGACAUCCCUCUGCAUGAUGCCACGCGCGAUCUCGUUCUUUUGGGAGAACAAUUUAGAGAGGAAUACAAACUCACCCAAGAGCUGGAAAUCCUCACUGACAGGCUACAGCUCACGUUAAGAGCCCUGGAAGAUGAAAAGAAAAAGACAGACACAUUGCUGUAUUCCGUCCUUCCUCCAUCUGUUGCCAAUGAGCUGCGGCACAAGCGUCCAGUGCCUGCCAAAAGAUAUGACAAUGUGACCAUCCUCUUCAGUGGCAUUGUGGGCUUCAAUGCUUUCUGUAGCAAGCACGCAUCUGGAGAAGGGGCCAUGAAGAUCGUAAACCUUCUCAACGACCUCUACACCAGAUUUGACACACUGACUGAUUCCCGGAAAAACCCAUUUGUUUAUAAGGUGGAGACUGUUGGUGACAAGUAUAUGACAGUGAGUGGUUUACCAGAGCCAUGCAUUCACCAUGCACGAUCCAUCUGCCACCUGGCCUUGGACAUGAUGGAAAUUGCUGGCCAAGUUCAAGUAGAUGGUGAAUCUGUUCAGAUAACAAUAGGGAUACACACUGGAGAGGUAGUUACAGGUGUCAUAGGACAGCGGAUGCCUCGAUACUGUCUUUUUGGAAAUACUGUCAACCUCACAAGCCGAACAGAAACCACAGGAGAAAAGGGAAAAAUAAAUGUGUCUGAAUAUACAUACAGAUGUCUUAUGUCUCCAGAAAAUUCAGAUCCACAGUUCCACUUGGAGCACAGAGGCCCAGUGUCCAUGAAGGGCAAAAAAGAACCAAUGCAAGUUUGGUUUCUAUCCAGAAAAAAUACAGGAACGGAGGAAACAAAGCAGGAUGAUGACUGAAUCUUGGAUUAUGGGGUGAAGAGGAGUACAGACUAGGUUCCAGUUUUCUCCUAACACAUGCCAAGCCCAGGAGCAGUUCUUCCCUAUGGAUACAGAUUUUCUUUUGUCCUUGUCCAUUACCCCAAGCCUUUCUUCUAGGUAUAUCUCUCACUAUCCGUUAUUCAACUUUAGCUCUGCUUUUUAUUAUUUUUUAGGCUUUAGUAUAUUAUCUAAAGUUUGGCUUUUGAUGUGGAUGAUGUGAGCUUCAUGUGUCUUAAAAUCUACUACAAGCAUUACCUAACAUGGUGAUCUGCAAGUAGUGGGCACCCAAUAAAUAUUUGUUGAAUUUAGUUAAAUGAAACUGAACAGUAUUUGGCCAUGUGUAUAUUUAUAUCAUGGUUUACCAAAUCUGCUUAGUGCUCCAUAUAUAUGUAUAUGUAUAUUUUAAUGACUAUAACAUGUAAUAAAGUUUAUAUCAUGUUGGUGUAUAUCAUUAUAGAAAUCAUUUUCUAAAGGAGUGAAUUCUAAGUUUUAGGGGAAAAAUGCAAUUUAUUUUCAGACUCCCAAAGUAAGAAUUAAUAUAUCAUGCUAAGGAAAUAGUGACUAUUUUAAAGUAUGCUACUUCCCUUUCAGAAAUAUAGAAUACACGUUUCUGUUAUUAAAGUAUUUGAUUACUAAUUCAAAUCAUGUGGCAAUUAUAAUUCUUCUAAAAUGCUAUCAUUUGUAACUGUAUCCCCUGUAUUAAAUCUCAUUAACCACAGGUGGCUGUUACAGAAAGCUGCAUUGUUUCACACUGAGCUGUUACAUUAGUUCAGGCUAAAUGUUGGGAGCUCCAACCACAUCCAAGAAUAAAUCUGGAAACACACUGCUGGGAUACUGCUGUUAGAGCCCUUCUUGGUCUUGUAUUCCCAGAAAUGAGCUCCCUUUCCUUAGCUUAGAAGAAUGUGAUUAUAUCCAGGACAUCACGUUCAGAAAACUUAGUUUGACUUCAGCAUAGAAUGCAUUACUGUUGGACUAAUUGGCCUCUAGCUCUUAAAUGUCUCUGAUAACUUAUUAAUAUCUAUCUUUAUAAAAUAGAGUGCAACUACUUUUGUGUAAAAAUGUUUGCCUUUAAAUUUAGUAUUUCAUAUCAGCACAUCGAUAUAUGUAUAAAUGUUCCAUGUUAAUGUGUAAAAGAAUCUGUAAUAAAUUAUUUUUUUCACUUGUCUCUAUACAGUUUUUAUUUCAAUAAAAAUGAUAUUAAUAUUA